GUGACCGGUGUGGCCUGAAGAAAGAUGGCCGCAUGCCACCCCAGACCACCUCUUCAGCACCUGCAGCAUCCGCAGUUGCAGGAGUCCACUGUAAGUCUUGGAAGUCUUGGUAAUAUCGGGAGCAUUGGAAGUAUAAACGGAUUGACCAAUCAGAAUCAACCAGCUACUACGAUCCAACAGUCUCACCACUAUCCACCCCAUUUACUCAAUUGGGUUUACUUGGCUAUCGCCGAUCAGAAUCCUCCACAACCACCCGAUCAGAACAAACUACUACCAGCGAUAUGGGGGAAUUUUCCAACGGCUGCAUCACAAACAUACCUACACCAAAAUGCCAUAAGUCCAUCGGGCCCUAUCGGUCCCGGAAGUCUGGCAGACAGCAUCGGGGACUUGGCAGACCAUUUCACGGAGCUCGGUUUGCUCGAAAGGAAACCAACAAAGAGACCACCAUCCACUUAUCUUUGCCAUUUGUGCUUCAAGAAGGGUCACUAUAUCAAAGAUUGCCCGCAGGCCAGGCCGAAGGGUGAAGGAUUGACUCCCUAUCAGGGAAAGAAACGCUGUUUUGGUGAAUACAAGUGCCCAAAGUGCAAACGCAAAUGGAUGUCCGGUAAUAGCUGGGCAAAUAUGGGCCAGGAAUGUAUCAAGUGCCACAUCAACGUUUAUCCUCACAAGCAGGUGAGUCUGGGGGCCGCAUCAACAGUCUCGUCAACCCCGUCUCACGCGUUCAUCUCCUCCUCGUCCUCUCUCAGUUACAGGCCCUUGGAAAAACCGGAUGGUCUGGACGUAUCCGAUCAAAGUAAAGUGCAUCCGCAGCAUCUUUGUGAAAAAUGCAAAACCCUUGGAUAUUAUUGCAGACGUGUCCAAUAGCAAUAACUUCUCACUGAUCUUCACUCUUCAUUCUUACCUCGGCUUAGUGAUGAACGUUGUCACAAUGUUGUACUUAUACGCAACCAGUCCACGUCAUAACAGCAGAUGCAUUUACAUUAAUUCAUCCUCUUCGGAAACAACCAUCUUAAGCAGAAUAUCUUGAGCUAAUGAAAAUGAUUUAAGACCAUAAUUAAAAAUUUGUCACAAAGAACCAAGCGAGACACAUUCAGUCACAAAUUCGCAAGUAGUAAAUCCUAUAAAGGAUUAACAUGCCAAAAUGAAGGAGCCUUAUGUAUCUGAAAGCAUUUCUCCCCAGAGGCGGUAACUUUUAUGUUUGUUGUUUCACCAACUAUUUAUAGCCAGCUAUGUUUAGAAAAACUUGGAAACCUACGCAGAGGUAGGGAAGCUCUGCAAGGUACAUAAUCCAGUGAACUAUUCAAAAUAUCACUACUGAACAUGAUCCAAAAUUUAAAUGCUAUCGCACUCACUUGAUCCACGCAAACGAAUGUAAGUACAAAAUUUUAAAAUCAUGUGAUUCUUUUAUACCACGUCGAAUCUUGAAACAAUAAGUGCACCUUGACUUGCUUCAUCCCUUCGUUCAAAUUAUUAAGUCCCUGCUAGUUAUGAAAUAUUUAAGUUGAGCUAUUGUCACAUUUAAUUGAUGGGAUUGAUCAGUGCAUUAUCUACCUCGCGGAACUAUCUGUUAUGUAUAAACUGGGUCCAGUCCGCGGGUCACUUAAUCUGUAUAAAUUCGUAUUAUCCAAUAUAUUGAGUUAUAUAUAUA